UUUCCACUCGUGACGCGGGCCUGGCUACAAAACGUAACAUCGUCAUAGCAAAUUUUGCCCUGGUUAAGCCCAAAAUAAAUGUAGUUUGCCAAUUUUGUAAGCUGUAAAAGCCACUUCAAUAACCCAGGAGCGAUGUCAGGCCCAGCACCGUCGCGCCAGAUGAGCGGAACGAAGGAAAUUCCCACGAGGAAAGUGUUGGUGGCGGACCCCAACCAAAUGCCCGCUGAUUACAGCACAACGCCAGGCGGCACGGUCUUUGGAACGACCCCCGGAGGAACUCGCAUAAUUUAUGAACGUCAGUUUCUACUGAAUCUGCGAGACUCGCCAUUGGCCAGGACACCUCCGGUCAAUCUUCCCAUCAUCCCAGGGGUCACAGUCAAAGGUGAUGCCGGGGUCAAGACUAACGGUCAAGCUGCCCCGAGUAACAACAAAGAAGUAGCAGCUGGUGCUGAUGCAGAAGAGCCCCAGUUUGAGAUGGACAUCUGAGCCCGUCGUUGACCCGGUGCGUUUAAUUCAUCAGGUAGUCUACCGCCCUCGUGUGGGGGAAUCAAUGGCCAGUCAGGUUUGGCCAUAACUAGAGAAAAAGAAAAAAAAUUACAAAAAAACAAUCGCAGAACAGGAACAUGUAAACCAAAAUAAGAUGGUGCAAUAACGCAAGCAACGAGUUACUUCUCAAAAGACGGCGUCUGUAUCGGCAAGAAUGCAUAGCAAGUUCAAGUAACUCAAGAUGUGUUUUGUUUACUUUUUUUUGUUUUCUCUCUUCAAAAAGUGUUGGCAAAGCAACUUGGACUGCCAUUUGGACAGAUUUAAUGUCCUAAGGCAUGUUCGGACAAUGUUUGUGGUCUCGGAUUUGUCGUUGUUUUGCUUGGUAAAUUCCAAGGACAAGGGAAACUAUAACAGCUCAACUUGUAGUCAAAGAAUUCUUCCAUUUUCUGUUGCAUCAUUUUUCGACACGGCAAUGUGCAUUCACGAUGGUGAAAUCUUCAACAGAAUUCAACCAAAAUCUCAUAAAUAGAAAGGGUCUAAAUAUUUUGUGCAUUGUUUUUAUUUCUCCCUUUGCUGCACUUGCAAGACAGCUCUGGAAAGAUUCAUUACUAUUUUUCUGAUCAAAAGUCUUGAUGCGUCACAAUGAAAAAUGGAAAGAAAUGAAGGGUUUAACUGCAAUAAUCUAGCAUGCCAUUUUUGGGGUCAAAACAGAAAGAAAUGUUUAUUGCAGCUAGAUGAUUGCACUUG